UGACAGAUAUUUGUUUAAUAUGUUUGAAACGUGAGAAUUGUUUAAUAAAUAUUGUGGAAAAUGAUUUUGAUAGCGACGAAAUUUUAUACAAGCUGAAGAAUUGUGUACCAGAAGUGGAAUGGAAACAAAGUUUUAAAAUAUGCAGUGCAUGCAGAGACAGUUUAAAUAAAGCCCAUGAUUUUAAACAGUUAUGUAUAAACUCUUAUAUGUCAUGGAAAUAUACACUUAUUGUAAAGGUAGAAGAAAACGGUUGUCAAAAAAACGAAUUAGAUUCGGAUAAUGAUAGUUUUACAUUACAAAAUGAUAUAUGUUCUGAGGAAGAAAUAUUAAUCGAUGAAGAUGAAGUUAAAUGUUUUCACUGCAACGUAGGAUUUAAAAGCAAGGUGUUAUUAAAAAAACACAUCUCACAAACACAUGUAACGAGGAAGAGGAUGUUGCGAAAAAAAAAUUGCUUAUGUGAAUUUUGUAUGAAAACGUAUGCAAAUCAAAACGCUUUAAAAAGACAUUUGAGGAUAUGUAAAAGAAACAGUGAAGUUACGCAAGCAGGAAAGGCUCAAAACACUAAAAUGGAAUUGUCAAAACGUACAAAUUUUAUAAAUGACAACGUUUCUGAACUGGAUCUUAAAGUUCCUCCCACGUGUUCCCUUUGCGGGACAACUUUUUGUAACAAGUAUUUAUUGAAACGCCACCUCCAGAAUGUACAUGCCACAGAAAAAAAGUUUAAAUGUGACAUGUGCGACAGGACAUUUGCGUCUUCGGUGUAUUUAAAUGCCCACAAAAGAUACCAUGCGGGCGACAGGUCCCAUAUCUGUUCUUUCUGCGGAAAGGGUUUUAUAACGGCAAGCGAUUUAUACCACCACGAAAAAAUACAUGCCAAUAAAAGAGCGUAUCGGUGCGAAAUAUGCCCCAAAGCCUUUAACACCUCGUCUGACUUACAUAAACAUAAAAUUUGUGUUCAUUUAGACAGAUCCGAGUGGAAAUACGUCUGUUCGUACUGCCAAAGAAGGUUUCCAUUAAAAACGAAUCUAGAUACUCACGUGAAGACGCAUACGGGGGAGAAAAAUUAUGCCUGUCACCUCUGCGACAGACGCUGUAUCAACAAAUCCGUAUUAACCAGACACAUUGAAACUCAUUCGAACGUUAUCUCUUUCAAGUGUAACUUGUGCAUGCAAGGUUAUAAAUAUAGGAAAUCGUUAGACGUGCAUAUGACAAAGGUCCACGGUAUCGGAAAUGUUAAAGUUCCUGAGAGAAUUAAAAAAUUUUUCUGUCAUCUCUGUCCGAAGUCGUACUUUGCAAAUAACAAGCUUCAAAAGCACAUUAGAUCGCAUAACGGAGAAAGACCCUUUCGGUGCCCCCAUUGCGAAAAAUCAUUUGUUGAUAAGUCGUACAUAAAACAGCAUUUGAAAACAGCGCAUGAUAUUUGCAAGUUAGAAGAUUUGUAGGAAUUGUAUUUUUUAUAUGUAUUUUAAAAAAAUUCUUGUAAAAUAUACAAAUUUUAAAUA